AUGCCAAAUACCAAGUAUACACCAUUAGAGGAUACGUUGGAAUCCGUGAAUCUUCCUCCUUAUGAAUUAAAUGAUUUAAAUACCGCUGAAGCUGAUCCAGACAAGGCCAGUAGCAGUAGUGAUUUCUCUGAUGUUGAAGCGACAAAUCAACCUACUCCAGUAAGUGAAGAUAGUCAAGCCUUAUUCAAUAGCAAAGAAGACGAAUUUGAAAAAUCAUAUCCUUUCAAAGUUAAAUCAUCAACCAUUGAAGAGGGAGUAGUUCGUUUCCAUUACUUUCCUAAACAUGGAAUUGAAAGAUUCCGUAAAGUAAUUGAAGAUAAAAUUCAAUACAUCACUCAAAGCUCAAGUUGCUCAAGUUGCUCAAGUUGCUCUCCCUUUGCUGUAGGGUAUUUUGAUCAGAAAAAAGACUUGAUUAGUAUCAGUAGUGACCAAGACCUUUUAGAAUGUAUUCAUUGGUACAAUGUAAAUAAUCGCUACCAUCCUAGUGCUAUUAAGUUAAUUACCUACGAUAUUAGAAAUCACGCUGAAGUAGCUAAACAAUACAAAAAGAGAAAAAGGGAAAAGUGUGAAAUUAUUGUUGCUUCAGUUCUUCUCUUUCUCUUUUUCUUUGUCAUUGCAAUAUGUGCUUAUUUCUCGUAA